AUUUUUAAAACAGUUAAGAGGUUAAAUGGAUUUUAUUUUUAAUGUAGCAAAAUUUUUGGACACUAUCGUACAUCCCAACGUUUUUAUUAUAUGUGACAGUAAAAUUCACUAAAACCACCACAACACAUCUGCUGCACUGUUGACAACGGGAACAAAAUGCCAAAGAAGAAUGACAAAAAACCGGUACCCACGGUACGAUUUAUAGCAGACCCCAGGGAGCGAGAGCAACAGGAACAAGAAGAAGAACGAAUGCGUCGGCUCCGUCAGCAGGAAAGGGACAGCAGAGCACAAGCGCAGGAUUCUGCGUCCACAUCUACCGUCUGGCCGGCUUCGGAUUACAUCAGCUUCCCACGCAUAGAUCCCGGCAUCAUAGGUACUCUUACCGACACGGUGCGGCGACGUGCAGUAGGGAACCGAGGCGACCCCUCGUCCCAACCUAGUACCAGCAGGUCCGCUCCCGAGCCUGUGAGGGCCAUCCGGCUUGAGCGCAGCCCCCCGCGUGCCGCAAUCGACUACCCGGUCGCAAUAAUCAGCGAAAAGGCCUCGGCACUCAGGCGUAAUACCGAACGCCAGGCUUUGAUUCGGGCACGGAUUUCCCGGAGUCAACUCGGGGAAAACUGCAGUGUGUGUGGCGAGCCCCGGAGCGGGCCGCCGUCGCCGACCAUGCAAAUGAACUUACCUCCCUUACCUAGUUUUCCAGUCACAAUUCCAGAAGAUGACCCAAUAAUGCACUUCACUAACAGGCACUUGUGUGUUCAUUUUGUGGUCAUCUCAUCAUUUUUUGUAGUACUCAUGGUCGGUGGUACCGUGCAAUUAUUUUAUUAUUUUUUCGACUCCUAAAUUUCGUUUUAGUGUGUUUAGAUAAUUGCAGCCCAACAUCUUAUUUUAUUUAAAUUUUUAUUUUUUCAAUGUAAAAUAUAAAAUUUAAAUAAUUUAGAUUUUGGAAUGCAUGUUUAUUUUAACCAAUGUACUUUACAGACUUGUUUAAAAAAGUAUUUGUGGGUAUUUAUGAUUUAUGCCAGUUUAUGUAUUCCGUAUGAUAAUAUCAAAAAUUUCAAACUUAUAAUAGUUCACCUUUUGUGGUUUCUCAUAGUCUCCAUAACUGAAAAUAUUUUAAUAAAAUAAAUUAAAAAAUAAAAUGAUUUUAUUACAAGUUAAGAAAAUAUGUUGUAUUAUAAUUUUGAAUCACAUCUGUAUACAUUCCAACGUCAAAUAAAAAACCUGUCAAUCCAAAAACAUUUCAUAUCAAACUACUUGAAGCAUAUACAUUAAUAGAUUGUUGUGUGUAUUAAAGCCCAGAAAAUGCCAAGAAAUAGGAGAAGAAUACGCAAUAACAGUCGACAGGGACAGGGAGAACUAGUGGAAGGAUUGGCAGAGCAGCUGGCAGAUUGGCCAAACUUUGACGAGGAAGAAUAUCUACCAUUGCACGAACGUCAAAAUUUUAGGCGAUGGCAAUUGCUGUUCCCUUUUCUUGGUUUGCUGAAGUUUAUAAUAUUUAGUGUGUGUGUACAGUUACUGCUGUUGUGGAAAUUUGGCUACAGACUUCAAAAAAAAUCUGACGAUGAUGUAUAAUCUAUAUUAUACUUGUUUUAAUUAUGUUUUUAAUAUUUUUAUAAUUCACAAUUAACUAAGUACUUAAUAAAGCAAUAUAUUUUAAUAAA